GAGGCAAGCUCGGCCCCCUCCUCGCCUUCCUCCUCCUCCUCCUGUCCGGGAGAUUUAAAAGUCCGCUCUGUUUGGCUGGGAGUUUCAAAGCCGGGAGGAAAGCAGCGGCGACGAAAAGCGCGCCAAAGGCAGAGAGGCGCCCAGGAACCAUGCACAGCCGGGAGGGCGCUUGUGGGCGACCCCAGCCUCAAUUGGCAGCCUCGGAGGAGGGCGGGAGGAGCCCCUGCCGCCCCAGGAAGAUGCCCCUCGGCUCGGGCACCCCUUGGGGGCUGCUCCUCUUCUUCCUCGCCUUCGGGAUCAGCUCCUGCAAAGGUGCACCAACGGCACCCCAUGUUCUGCAAGGAGAACAAGAUUUACAGUUGUGGAAUGAGAUAGAUGAUGUGUGUUCUACUUACCUGACAAGGGAAUCCCCACCUCAGUCCACAAAUGCACUGGAAGAUCUUUGCUUUUUGGUUCUGGAAUUUCUGCAAAAAACUCAGGCAUUAGAUGAAAAGGACAUCACAAAAAGAUUCUUAUUUCAUUAUUCUAAGACUCAUAAUAUGGGCAACUCAAACAAUCUGUUGUCUGUUCUGCAUCCUUUGCUGAAACUUGUUCCCCAGCUGCAUGAGAGGAGGCUGAAGAGAUACAAAGACGAUGAACUUCGAAUACCAGGAGGAAUUCAAAGUAGGGGCUACUUUAUUUUCAGGCCACGCAAUGGAAGGAGAUCGACUACAUUUCCUUAAAAUGAAUUGUUCAUCCAUGAGCGUAGAAUCACCGUAGAACUACAACAAGAUGAGCAUCUUAUCCUUUAUUCCAUAUACAACUGGAUUUUUUUAGAUAUUUUAUUCACAAAUCAAUUUCUAUUAUCAAAAGUGCAAUAUAAUUCUCUGCAUGUUUAGUUACAAGUAAGCCACAUUAAGCUUAUUGGAGCUCAUUUCUAAGUAACAGUGUACAGGAUUGUAGCCUGAGGCACAAAUGUUUCUUUCUUGAAGCAACUCGAAAUAUUUAUGUUUCUCUUUAUUUUAAUGUUUGUAACUGUGUGUAAUAAAACUAAAAUAAUAAUAAUGUUGGUGUUGGGAUAAUUGCAUGCAGAAAACAUUGUCAAUAGCAGUAUUGCUAAAUAAAGGGUUCCUCUAUCCUUUUAUUGUAAAUAAAGGCACUCACUAGAGAAUUGUUUUUAAUGAGAAUAUUUUAAUGAGAAUUUUUCUGUUUUUAGUGUCAUCUUUUUCAUGGUGUGGGUCUUGUGAUUUGCAAUUAUGGUUUAAAUAUUUUUAUAAUACAACUGGCCUGCUAAUACCUAACUUUGAAUCAAAUGGGCCAUCCUUGCAUUGCAUGAUGUUUUUUGCUGCCAGAGGAGCAAAGCAAUGGAACUAUAGUCAAUGAAAUUUUGAAGUGUAAAGUCUUACAAACAGGAGAACUGGGUGCUAUGAAUGUAAAUUGCAUUUAAAAUACACUGAGAACAGUGCCAGUUAUUGAGAUGACUAAAUUUGUCAGUAGCAGAUGGGUGCUUGACCAGAUUAUGACAUUAAACGUGAGAGCAAUCUGCUACCCUUUGACUAACAAAAAUAUUAAGCCAUUCCAUCAUCACUAGGACUUAUUUUGUGCUUGGGAUCCUCAGAAGCUGUGGAACACAUUAAGUUAAAAUAAAGUGCCUUUGUGUGUUUUCUGUG